GGUGGUGAAUUGGUGUGACGAGGGAGCGGGGGCAGCUCACCGUCCUCUCUGAGAACGCAACUCACAUUACACCUCCUCUUUCCCGGGUAGGAAUGAGACCUAUGUUUGCGGAGCUGGGAUGACCUCAAUAUUUUGAACCGUGUUGCUUGUUUUAGUGGUGGCUAUGGUCCUCUCUCACUCACUCACACACACAUACACACACAAACAAAACACCACACAUCAUAUUUGCCGUUUGUAAACCAGCGAACAGCGCAGACAGGUUUUUCUCUGCAAAAGGCUGUCUUGCAGACUACACUCGAGAAGAGUUACGGAGUGGAGUCUACGUUUUGGACCCCCUACGACUUUGGUGUAUAGAAAAUAUUUUUCAAAAAAGAGGAGCAGUGCAAUCAGUCGUGAAUCUCGGAUAUGUCGGGGGUGAAAAUAUUCAACCUUGUUGUUGGAGUUGUUUUAGUUUUGCAGUCUCUUGGAAAUGCGUUUCAAGUGCCUGGAGGGGACCUGACAAACGGGGUCUCCUACUCCUACCUGCAGGGGCAGCCGCUGGCUGAGGAGGACGUGGCAGUGGAUGUGAAGUUGUACAGUCACCGGUGGAGGAGGUGGCUGUCCCCAGAACAACCACGUAACAUGGACAAUAACAGGGCCAGCCAGGACCAGGAUCAGCAGGACCAAGACCAGAUUCAAGACCAGCCUGAGGGGAACUUCCCAGGCCUGCUCUCAGCAGAGGACAGCCAGGACACUGACAACAGCUCCCAGAUAGAGGAGGACACAGAUCACAACUACUACACAUCAAAGACCUACGGCCCCACGGACCCCAUGAGCAAAGACUUGUGGGUAAACGUUGACCAGAUGGACAAGGAGAAGGUGAAGAUCCAUGGCAUUUUGUCCAACACUCACAGGCAAGCUGCGAGAGUCAAUCUAUCCUUCGAUUUCCCCUUUUAUGGACAUUUCCUGCGUGAUCUCACCGUGGCAACUGGUGGGUUCAUCUACACGGGUGAUGUGGUCCACAGGAUGCUGACGGCCACCCAGUACAUCGCCCCCCUCAUGGCCAACUUUGAUCCCAGUGUCUCCAGGAACUCAACCGUCAUCUACUUUGACAAUGGCACUGCUCUGGUAGUCCAGUGGGACCAUGUCCACCUGCAGGACAGCUACAACCUGGGCAGCUUCACCUUCCAGGCCACACUGCACAGCGACGGCAGGAUCGUCUUCGCCUACAAAGAGAUCCCCAUCGAGGUGGCCCAGAUCAGCUCUGUCAAUCACCCGGUGAAGGUGGGCCUCUCCGAUGCCUUUGUGGUGGUCCACAGGAUCCAACAGAUUCCCAAUGUUCGUAGGAGAACGAUCUAUGAGUACCAUCGCGUGGAGCUGACGAAGACCAAAAUCACCAACUCCACAGCAGUGGAAAUGAUGCCUUUACCGACAUGUCUCCAGUUCACCAGCUGUGGCAGCUGCAUCUCCUCCCAGAUCAACUUCAACUGCAGCUGGUGCCACCGCCUUCGCAGGUGUUCCAGUGGGUUCGACCGCCAUCGCCAGGACUGGGUGGAUAACAGCUGUCCUGAUGAGACCAAGGACAAAAGCUGUGAUAUCAUCAACACCACACAACUCUAUCCGUUCACCACCACGUUAGUUGCCAAGACAACAGGCCGGAGCAGAGGAGAGACCACCACAGCCGGAGCCUCUUUGUCUACGUCCCUCUCCCCGACCAGCGUCCCCACUGAAGACGACACCAAGAUUGCUCUGCAUCUCAAAGACAAUGGAGCGAUGCCAAAGGAGAGUUCUGCAGAGCGGAAGGACACACACCCCUUGCACACUGGACUGAUCCUGGGCAUCCUCAUGGUCAUGCUCAUCAUGGCUGCCACAGUCCUGGUCACCGUCUACAUCUACCAUCACCCCACCUCGGCCGCAAGCCUAUUCUUCAUCGAGAGACGUCCCAGCAGGUGGCCGGCCAUGAAGUUCCGCCGAGGGUCCGGUCACCCGGCCUAUGCAGAGGUGGAGCCCGUGGGCCAGGAGAAAGAGGGCUUCAUCGAGUCUGAGCAGUGCUAAAGGGCAUCCCCCCCCCACCACACACACACACACCCCGCCGUGCCGCUCUCCCCCCUCCCGUAUUGCCCCCCUUGCACCUGCUCCACAGUGACUGACACACCAGUAUUGCCCCAGAAACAGGCCUUCCGAAUCUGCCAUACCCAUGGCGACUGAUUGACGCUGGUCUCUUGUUUUGUUGAUUAAAUCACUCACUGUCAAGAUUGUAAACUUAAAUUAGAAAAUUGUGGAGGUGUUAAUUUGAAAAACCCACACUCUUGCUGGUUGUUGAAGAGUGGGCCUUCAACCCUAGCUUGUCCAACAGAGAGCUGAUCUGAGAGCUUAGGGAGGGUCACUGCCAGAGGGACUGUGCUGUAGGUAAACCUUGAAAACUGAGAGUCAGCUCUUCACCCAAGUCCUCAAAGUCUCACACUCGUGCUGGUUGAAGUGACUGACUGACUGACUUGUUGGGGACAGGGGAAAAGUAGCCACGUUUGUACCUGGUGCUAACAUGCGUCCUUGUCCUGAUCUUGUCCACAUUUUGAUCGUGCCAACAUUUUAAGACAUGUGUAGAUGAUUAAAAGACACAUUGUGAUCUGAUUGUGAUCAGAUCUUCCUGACCACCUCCAGAGGUAGUCAGGCACGCAUUGUGUCUGGAUAUCAAUUAAGUGUAAACAGAUGUGGAUGGUCAAACCAUUUAAAUCAUCAUAAUACCGGCCUUUAAAAUAAUUGACAGGUAUGAAAAUUGACUUAGGGGCUUCAGUAACUGUCUUAAAACAAAUCAUCCAUCUAUAUUAUUUUAAAGAAUAUCUGUCAAAUAAUUUGCAUACAGGGAGGCAUGAGCUAAUCUGGUCACAAUGCAGACACAGUGGACGGAUAAGAGACAUAUUUUAAUACUAUGUGUGGAGGCGAAAAAACCUUGAUCGGAUAGUGAUUGGAUCAUAUUGAUCAGAUCACUAAACUCACAUGUUAGCACAAGGUGUAAACUAGGCUAUUGAGUGGGUUGUACAGAGUAACUGUGAUGCAUUGGGGGAGUAGGUGGAAUUAUACAAUAUAUUUUUCGGAAACAAUACUGAGUAUGUGAACAGAGAUCUCGACUUUAAAUGUUGGUGAGGUUAUAUAGACUUUACAUCCUUUUGGGAUUUUGCAAAUGUACUUUUUUCGUAUUUUGUUUCUGUUGCUUUUUUUUACUUGGGUUUUCUCAUAAUCAGUGUGAGGGGUUUUGUCUUGCUUCCCACUACCACAAUAAGGCUUCUUUACCAUAGCUUACUCCAUAGUGUGAUCUUGCUACUGCCACUCAUCCUACCAAGGAGUAGCAGUCUGCACGUCUGGAAAUGUUCAGUUCUGUCUCUUUUGUUCAGCUCUGGCAUCUCUUUUUUUUUUCAUUUUGUCAAAGAUUGUGUGGUUUUUGCUUACUGAGAAAACCUCUGUUUUCCACGAUGGGGUGAUGGGCACACUCUUCUCUUGUCAUUGGUUUGAUUGCUCCCUUAUUAACAUGUGUUGUUGUUAUUCUUUUACAGUGAUUUCAGUACUGCCGUGCCAUUAUUUCCUUGACUGGAGUCUGCUCAAACAUUUUUUUGCACAAAAGGUUUUUCCAUGCACAUAUAUCUUUAGUUCAUUUGACUUGUGGUACUAAUGCAAAAUUGCAAGACAGGUGCUUGUGACUGUGUGCGGUUGUGUGUAUGCAUGGUCUAUAUGUGAGUGAGUGUUUGUGUGCGUGUUGUGUUUGUGUGAUUAGAUAUCCACCUGCUUGAAGGUGGGUCAGUUUGAGCUGGUUCUGUGUAAUUGAUGCUGAUUGGUUGACCUGAGGUACAUUAACAAGAUGCUAUGAGACGCGUUGGCGAUACAUUAAAAAACGUACCUGGCGUGAGUUUGCCUGGGUUUUGAAUUGUGGUAUACAGUGUGGUUUUCAAUAGCAGUUUGACCUGCUGCUGUUUCAACCUGAAGAAUAAUCUAAAUUGUACAGGACUGGAGGAUUCGUGUUAUAUGGAGUGAGAUAUCUGCCGAAACGUUAAACGAACGUAAUGUUAGAGUCAAAAAUACAUUUUUUUUUGGAGAUCUCUAACCUCCAUACUGUUCCAAGUCAAUAUGAAUGGAUGACUAGUACAUGCCAUUUAACCCUAGCAUAGCAAUGUAUAUACAUGGGCCUACACCUUUGUAGAUUGACUCUCAAAACAUUUGCAGAUUGGGGUUAUUAAUGAAAAAGCAUACAUAUGAUAUGGUAUAUUACUAUUUCGUUUUUCUUUUUGAGUGGCCUUCUUCUUUUUUUUUCAAAUGUGAAUUAAUGUAUCAAUCAUUACAUAACUGCUGUUGCUGGUCGAUAUAACGGACAAGGCUUUCAUACAUUGAUCAAAUCAAACAAAAUUAUGAUUUUUGUUUCUUCAUACUUCAUAUUUGUAUACUGUACCAAGACUGACCGAACAAAUACAAUGAAAUGUAUUUCACCAUCAAUUGUAGAUUGAGCUGAGAAAUAUGCCUUGGGUUACAAUGGUACAUACACACGGUACUACAAAUAAAUAGAUUAUACAAAUUAUAUAUAUCUCAAAUGUGCAAUAUAACAUUCAUCAAACUUCAUUAUGCAUUCUUUUAUUUUCAAAAAUGUGAUAAUGAUUGGGAAUUAUUUAGGGUUACAUCAUUGAUGAUGAAUUAAUCCUCCAUUGCACUGAGACCAAAGACCCAUCCCAAUGUUUAUUUUGUCAACAUACUACGACGUUCUCUACCAAGGAGACCUCUUCUGCUCUGUGUCCCAUGUUCACAAUCUCUCACUUCAUUCCCCACCAAGUCCAAAUCUAUCUCGCCCCUUGACGUUGAAUCAAACCACUAUUUUCAUAUUGCACUCACCACUUUGAGCACACCGCCACAUGCCUACAUUCAACUCAAAACACACGCAGAGACAUAGGCACACACACACACGCGCACAUGCUCGUAUAGGAUGAAUGAUUCAUCAGCUACACCAGAACUCAACACAACCCCACUCAUAACAAGUCCAUCUACAGAGGUGGAGUUACUGAGCACAGCAACCAUCUACUGAACAUUACGCUUAUUUUCCAAAACAGUGUUAAAGAGUCGAUGGGCUGGGGGGUUGAGGGGAGGGGGCACACGUGACUACCCUCACAGAUUUUCCAUGCCUACAGCCAAAUACCGUAGUCCCAAAUGCUUCCCUAUUCCCUACAAAGUGCACUAGACAGGGAAUAGGGUGCCAUUUGGGACGCAGUCACUGCUUUGAGAUUUGCUCAGUCUUCCAUUGUGGAGAAAUGCUGUGUUGUUUGAGCUCUCUGGGACAUCUGCUUGUUCUGCUGCCACCUAAAACUGCAAAUGUUUUUAUAACCACUCAAAAGUGUGUCCCAAAUGGCAUUCUAUCCCCUAUUUAGUGCACUACUUUGGACCAGGGACCAUAGGGCUCUAGUGAAAAGCAGUGUACUAUAAGGGAAUAGGUUGCCAUUUGGGACGCAGCCCCGAAGUGGACCGAGGAUAGAGCUGAUAGAGGGGUUUGAGUUUUGUAAACAAACUUGGAGGAGGAAGUUGGGGGCAUUCAGUAGGCCUAAGUGUUCAGUCUGCAUUAGACACUUUCAAACUAGUUGUUUGGGAGAAGAAAGCAUAUUCAAGUUACUCCAGUAAUCACUGAAUGGCCUGAUUGCUUUCAACAAACAUUCUCUUAACAUGCUUUUUUAGAAUAAGAAAAGCAACAUUUGCUGCGUUUAGACAGGCAGACCAAUUCUGAUCUUUUUUCCACUAAUUGGUCUUUUGACCAAUCACAUCAGAUCUUUUCACAUCAGAUCUUUGUCAAAAGACCAAUUAGUGAAAAGAAAUAUAAGAAUUGGGCUGCCUGUCUAAACGCAGCCGUUGUGCUGUUGUUGAGAUUAGAAUACUGCAGAGUGCUGUUGCUUUUUCUACAGACGAAUGACUUAAAACGAACAAUGUAGCUCAUACAGGUACAAGUCUUGUUCCACGGUGAUUGCCUGAACUCAAAAUGGAGGACGGAGGAAGCUGUGACCCUAUGUUUUGUUUUCCGAUCUCAUUACAAAACUCUUUAGGACAUGACAACGAGAGACUCAAAAAUCACACAGUACCCUAGCUGUCUGUAAUUUCUGUAACUACUGUCAUUUUGAUUACAUUUGAAAUAAACAAUGUUGUUUAA